AGAUCAGGUCUGAGGAUAAGAUCAGUAGGAAUUGUCAAGUGGUUCAAGGCUUGAGGCAUCCGGAAUUUGAGACCAAAGCAGUCUUGUUUCUCUGCAGCAGCCGACGCUGCUGAUGCCCGAGCCCCACCAAAUCCACCAACCCCCGCCCCCGCCCCCGCCUCCAACCGAUCCAAACCCCGUUGCCUCCACGGCUGCAAAUGCCCGGCGCAAUCCGGCCCCGCUGCCGCUGCCGUUGCCUUUGCCGGAGAUCGCGGUGCCGCCGGUGCAGCCGAAGAUGAUCAUAAAGGGGAUGCUGGGCCGGUACGAGCGGUGGAACCCCGUGCACCCGACGGCGGGCGCCUUCUGGGGCGUCGGGCUGGGGUUCGGCUGCGGCGUCGGGUGGGGCCCGGGGUUUGGGCCCGAGGUCAUCGGCUACGUCGGCGCCGGAUGCGGCGUCGGCUUCAGCGUCGGCAUCACGCUCGCCGGUGUCGGCGUCGGGCUGCCACAGCACGGCAUCAUCAGGAACCACUACCACGGUGGAGGUUUUGCAAGCAAUGUCCCAUUCGAAUCAGCAAGGUUUUACCUCUUGACCAUGCUAAAAGGUAUGGUAUGGGAUGCCAUCAGUUAUGCGAGCAACGUCGCAGCUAUGAGGAAAGAAUCUCGACAGAAGCUUUUAAGAUGUCAGGAGAACCCUCAAGUUUCAGGAGGAGUUGAUCUGCCCAAGCUGGGGAAAGGAAUGUCCAGCAGCUUCCGAUCAACGAUGGAGUGUAUCAAGGCCUUCACAAAUCAGCAUUGGCCUCCAUAGGCAGCACCCAAGUAAACUGAAGAUUGAUAAACCGAGCUUUGUGUGCAAACCACCCACCCGGGAUCAAAGCCUGGGUAGUGGUACCCCUUUCACUGAGUGACAAUCGGGUAGUCGGAUGCAGGUGGCUCGUAUGGCGUCCACCACAGGGUUGACGUCCCUUUUAAUGAAGAAUUAAGGACUUGUACUUUAUGAAUAAGAACCCCCAUAGCACAUAUUUCUUCAUCAUAUGUUUGUGGCAUGAGCAAGUUUAAAUUUUUAUGGUUAUAAGGGGAAACAAUUCCAGCUGAAGAACAUGCUAGCCUGUAAUCUAGCUAGUGAUGAAUCGAUGUGUAACUAUAACAAUGAUGUUCAUCCAUGCACUUCGCAGAAUCUUGUAUUGUGAAAUGAAACUCCAUUCAAAUUA